CUUGGCACACUUAUUAGCUUUAUUUGUGUGAAAGCAACACUAGCUAAACCGUGUGGACAGAGACAGCGAUCUCCUUUUGGGCGCCGUGGUCAACUUGCGCUGCUUAGCCGACAAUCAUCCCCUCGCGGAAGCAACAGAACUGGCGCUUUCGAUAGCCACAUCCGUUGACAGCUCAUACAGUUACUUCCGCCGUAUAAGAAACUCCCAUUAUUUAUUUAUUCAUCCCAUUUCUCUGCCAGUUAUUUAGACUCUGGAAUGCUGGCCGCGCGCAACAAGCGACGAGAGGGAAUUCGGACGCUCGCGCCAAGACCGUUAGCAGCGGCUCAAAGAGAGCGGGAGGAGGCGGCAGGGAGGGGGGAGACCCUCCUCUAACUCCUCACCGCGGAUGCGCGUCAUGACGUCAUUUCUCCGGACCGGAAGUGAACGGGAAGUCCGUGUCGCCUCUGAGCUGAAGAGAAGGAAAAGGCGGGACAAGUCCUAACAAAACAGUGAGGCGAGAAGCGGCGGCGCGUCUCCCGGUAACAAGGUUUUGUCCCGCCCCCUUCCCCGGGAAGGGAAGCAGCAGCUCAUCACCUCAAGAUUGAUGCACAUUUUCUUUGUUACUUUAAUCUGGCUGAGAAUUUGGAUAAGCAUGGCACAACUCCAACAAGGAGGUCCUGAUGAAAAAGAGAAGACUACAGCUUUAAAGGACUUGUUGUCUAGAAUAGAUUUGGAUGAACUGAUGAAAAAAGAUGAACCACCUCUUGAGUUUCCUGAUACCCUUGAAGGAUUUGAAUAUGCUUUUAAUGAAAAGGGACAGUUAAGGCAUAUAAAAACUGGAGAACCGUUUGUUUUUAACUACCGUGAAGAUUUGCAUAGAUGGAACCAAAAGCGUUAUGAAGCUCUUGGAGAGAUCAUUACUAAAUAUGUAUAUAAAUUACUGGAAGAAGAAUGCCAUUUGAAAAAAGUGUAUGUCCCGGUAGAUGCUGUGGAGAGUGAACCCAGGAGUUUUAUCUUUAUGAGUGAGGAUGCAAUGACAAAUCCUGACAAACUGAUGGUUUUAAUUCAUGGUAGUGGUGUUGUCAGAGCAGGACAGUGGGCAAGAAGGCUGAUUAUAAAUGAAGAUCUGGACAGUGGCACUCAGAUACCAUAUAUCAAAAGAGCUAUUGAGGAAGGUUAUGGAGUGAUAGUACUGAAUCCGAAUGAGAACUAUAUUGAGGUUGAAAAGACAAAAGCACUUGUGCAGCUGUCUCCUGAUAGUUCGGAUGAACCUGCAGAAAAGAGGGAGAAAAAAGAUAAAAUCCAGAAAGAUACAAAGAAGCGACGGGACUUCUAUGAGAAGUAUCGAAAUCCACAAAAAGAAAAGGAAACUGUGCAAUUGUAUAUUCGAGAAAAUGGCUCCCCUGAAGAACAUGGCAUUUAUAUAUGGGACCACUUUAUCUCCCAGUCAGCAGCUGAAAAUGUUUUUUUUGUUGCUCACAGUUAUGGUGGGCUUGCAUUUGUGGAAUUGAUGAUUCAACGAGAGGCAGAAGUAAAAAAUAAAGUUACUGCUGUGGCCCUAACAGACUCAGUUCACAAUGUGUGGCAUCAGGAAGCUGGCAAAACUAUUCGAGAAUGGAUGCGAGAGAAUUGUUGUAAUUGGGUGUCCAGUUCGGAGCCUUUGGAUACAUCAGUAGAGUCCAUGUUACCUGACUGCCCACGAGUCUCUGCAGGCACGGAGCGGCAUGAGCUGACCUCGUGGAAGAGCUACCCGUCGAUCUUCCGGUUCUUCCGCGAGGCCCUGGAAGCGAAGACCAGCUCGGGCAAAGCGGCUCCGACUCGGCGCUCGCAGCGGAUCCGCUACGAGGACUUGUAGAGCCGGUGCCCGCCCGGCUCCGCGCAGGCGGCGCUCUGCCGGCCCAGCCCCUCAUUAGAUUGUUUUCUUCCUAGAGCACAGGGUCGCCGUGUAUACAUCUAAGUAGCGUUUUGCAUUAUUUCUAGAUGAGUGCAACUGUCAAAGCAAUAUGGGUUCACUGGGUGUGCUUCCUGUGGGCUGCAGCUUGGAUUGCGGGCUGCCCAUCAGUGCGCAGAUUAAGGCUGACAGCCGCACCGCACCGCGCAGCCUGGUGCAGCUCUAAUUGCCCUGACGGAGCCCGGCACCGAGCUGAUGGGAGGCCGGCGCCGGCGGCGGCGCCCUUCCCGGGUCCUAGCGGCUGCCGGCUGCCCCGGACGGCUUGCUGGCUCCCGGUCCGCCCCCCACCCGCUCGCCCCCCACCGCCGCAUCGGAGCUCGCUUUAUAUAUUUUUUUUCAGCGUUUCUUUUCUCUUUUUUUUUAAAAGCAGAUUUCUUGAAACCUAGCCAAUCAAGUUCCCGCCCACGCGUUAGGCUUUUUAGUAAUUCCCCUUAUGUGAUUGGGCGGCGGUAUUUUUUUAAAAUAUAUUUUAGCGUAUGUGUGGUUUUACAAAAAAAAGAAAGAAAAAGAAUUAAAAACAAAAAUAAAAAAGCAGGGUUACGUUGCAACGAUACCAGUACGGGAACGGCUGUACAUUUCUAUAAGACUUUAAUGUAAACGCAUUUAGGAUCCGCAUAUGGUUUCUAAUAAAGAUGGUUCUACUUUAUUUGUAACAUGCCCUGCCAAAGGUGGGGAGAGAUUGCACCACCCCGAAAUAAUAAAUUUAGCCAGUGGGUAUUUUAGGUUCUUGUUAGGGAGAAAGAAACCUUGGAAGAAGACAUACUUUUACAGGGAAACGCCCGGAGGGUGUUUCUUGGCAGCGCUCACUCCUCUGGGAUAUUUUGGGUUCCCGGAAGGGUGCGUGGCGUCGAUUUUUUAAAAAUUGGGACGUUGUUUUAGCGACUGAUGUAAUAUAGAGCAAAAAAUGCCGGUAUUGAAAAAUGUUACUUC